AUGGACUUCAAACAGGACGACGAAGAAUUCAUCAAUGAGCUGUUGGGCCAUGCAGGGUUGGGGAACUUUAAUGGCGAUAUGGGGGCACACACCACAGGGGAUGGUGAUAAUGGGUUUGAAAGGGCGACAAAUUUGGAUGCAGAAAUGGGCUUUCAAGGUUUGAACGUUCCAGCCCAUACUGCCAACGAUGGGGCCACGGGAAACUCGUUAGGUAACUCGCGUGAGACUAUGGAGUCUGGUUAUUUGAUUGAUGAUCACUUAGGUCGACAGCCGCAGCAGCUAGAGUUUUUGAGUGAGAAUGUGCUUUUUCAACAGGAUCCCCAUCAACAGGACCUCGCGAACGAUGAUCAACUUUCGAGUUUUACGGAGGAUCGAGUUUCAUCUCUAGGUUCUAGUGUAACCACAGGGGACUUUAUGUCUCCUACAUCCUCGUCUUUCAACUACCAAUCUAUGCAGCAGCUACAGCCCCAGCAGUCACAUCACCGAGACUCGGUGGAAUCCACUUCUUACUCUAACUACCUGUCAUCAAGUUUCCGGUCACCUUCAAACAGCCUGCGACAAGGAAAUUUACUUUCAGGAUCACUCCGUACUCAGCAACUCCACCCUCGCCAUUCCUCGGUUGGCAGUGUCCCACAGCAUCAAUCUCCACUUUCUCUCGAACAAACUGGGUCCAGCGCGCAGAUAACCCCCGAGGAAAGACUUCGGCGUCGUCGCGAAUUCCAUAACGCAGUAGAAAGAAGACGGCGGGAGCUCAUCAAGCAGAAAAUCAAAGAAUUGAGCAAAAUUGUGCCCCCCAGCCUUUUAAACUAUAACGACCAGGGAAAAGAAGUGAAACCAAAUAAAAGCGUCAUAUUGGGAAGGUCUGUGGACUAUCUUGAAUACCUGCAGCAAGUCUUGGAAAUUCAAGACCGCAAACGGCAAUUACUUCUGCGAAAGGUGAGAGAGUUUGAGUUAUUCCGACAACAUGGUAAGACCAGUGCUCUGGAUGGCAACCGAAUUUCUUCCGCCGCACAUGUACCGGAUUCGGGGAGUUUUAACGUGGGAGCUGUUAAUAGUACUUCACCAGAACAGAUUCUCGAUAACAGGACACUGCCGCUUGCUGGCGACAAUGCAUCUUCAACACCGUCCACUACGAUACAGGACGACCUACAGCAGUUUUUGUCGGGAGAUCUCAUUGAGGCCGAAGACAAUGCAAAAUUGAUGUUUGGUGGUGAAAGCGAUGGAACGGCCGCAGACUUUCUCUUAAAUUUUGGCAAGUAA